AUGUGUGAUGGGACAUUACUACCAACUGCUCAAAAUGACAGCUCGAUCGACGCACAACGGGCUUUGCGGUCUCGUGCAAUCGAUCGCUCGAAGAGGGCAGUUUUCGCGUCGAAGGACGCAUUGCACUAUCGCUAUGAGGGCCAGAAAUUCUCCGAUGUAAACUUCCUAACAUUGAUCGAUCUUUUUGUUGCGCUUUCGGGUCCGCAGCUCUCGAUAGUAGCCAAGAUCCCCGAAGUUAUUCAACCACGCAGCAGCCCCAGGGCUAUUUUCGAGGAUGGCUGGCUGCGUCUGUAUCGAGAUGGCUGGAACGCAGACCCUGUCUUGGCUGCCCUGGUUUUGAUUGGUUUGCCGACCCAACUCAUAUUUGAUUACACCAUUAUUCCAACGAAAGUAGAAGCAGCUCACUGGGUAUUGAAGUCGGCGCUCGACGCACUAGAACUACCGCCCUUGGAAGUCAUCAAGGCAUGCGGCGAACAUGUCACUUGGGUGAAGGAAGCCUUGUGCAAGCCUCAUUCAGCCGCGACCCAGCCCUCCCCCACGACUCGAUCUUCGCAUAACACCCACAGAGACCAACGCUGCCCGGAGAAGAGACCAUUGAGCGGAAUGGACAGCCAAGGUGAUGUCGAGAAUCCAGAAACGCCAACCCCGGUUCAAAAAAGACACCAUGCCUCGGUCACGUGUGGUGGGUUCGUCGACGGUCAUGCUCGCAGGAAUAUGGUCAUACAGGCAAAUCCAUCAGACUCUGGGACAGGCUGUGGCAUCACCAGCACCUCACAAUCGUUACCCAGCAGCAUCUUUGCUUCAAACCUAGAUACGCUGUUCACAUCCAGAACUUUGGAACCCAAUAUCAACCCGGCAGUGCUCCAGCCAAUCGAGAUUGAAGCUAGUGAUCGGAUAACGGACAUACUGCCUCCGCACGAACCAGGCCAAGAAGGGGACAUUCCCUUAGCGAACCAGGCCAAUGCUAAUGAAAAGCAACCGCCGCGGCCGACUCAUGGCGACUCGGAGAUAAAAACGAAAUCGAUUGUUGCGCCCUCUGGGACCACAAGCAUAACAUCCUUGGUGACGUGGACAGAAGUCCCUGGUGCUAGUGGCGCUUCCUCCAUACUUGAUGUAUCACGGACUUUUGAAUCCUCGUCUCCCGAGCUCUGA